CGCAAGAGAGGAGAUCAUUUUAUUAUAUUCGGAACAACAGAGACAAAAAAGGUCAUCUAUUUUGAUGGUUGGAGUGGCUUUGGGGCGGUACCGGUCCUCAGAUCCAUGGCACAAGAACUCCGGUCAACCAAAGCUAAGAAAACUCCUCCAGAAUUAUGCUUUGACACAAUAACUUACAUUGAUUGCUCAGCGUGGGAAAGUAGAAGGGUGAUGCAAAGGAAAAUCGCCGAGGAGCUCAAGCUUGACCCUGAAAUAAUGGCCAUGUUUGACAAGCAGGAUGAGGAGGACGACUUCAAAGAUCUGUAUCAUGACUCCAGGGACACGGUCAGCGAACUAACACAUUCACAGUUCCGGUCACUUCUGCAUGAAGAAGCCGCUGACAUAGCUGCUCGCCAAUCAUGGAUGCAGAGCAUCGACCAAACAAUGGUAAUAGAGUGCUGCUUGUACGAGUUAUUCUUACAAUAUAGUUUUCACAGUGCCACUGAAUUGGAUUGGGUGUCUCAUGCUCCAAACUACUGGAUGUGCGAUGGGAUCAUUAAAGGGGAUGGAACAAGGAAGAUUAGUGACACAUUGCAUCAGGAAAUACGUUGGGAGUUGGGUGAUUCUUUUCUUGGCAGCAGCAUGUUUGAAAAACUCAUGGAAGAUCUGAAGGCUCCAUUUUUGGUAAUCAAUGACGAUGUUUCCUUCUUUGAAAAGAGACCGUUUCGUUGGAUUUGUGUCACCUCAAAAAAUCUGCCAAUACAAGAGGAUACAAAAGCCAUAUUGGAAAGGGCAUCGUCUGUGUUCGUAGCACUUGAAAAGUCUGAUAACCCGCAAGGCUUACCAAAUGGGCUUCUUACACAUUGCAGUAACCUUAGCGUGCUAGUUUUAUAUUAUUGUGCCUUCAAUUUUAUAUCACCUCCUUUCCUCCAGUGUCGUGGAUUGAGAUUCCUCGGAUUAGAUCACUGUACACAUGACAACACAAGUGAAGGUGAAAACUAUACAAACUGGGUGUGUCUACAAAGCCUAUGGGUGCUUGACUUACGAUACACAGAAUGGGGAGAUAUCUGAAGAAAAGAUGGAUGUCAUGGCUAACCUCAGGGAGCUGAACAUCGAGGGAUUCAUGUCCUGGCAACUGAUAAGCAAAUUACAGGGUAGGUUACAUCACCUUCAAAAGC